GCUGUGCGGUGAAGUUGUCGGAGCUGCUGGUCUGGAUGUGUAGCUGUGUUUGGGGGGUUUAUCGGAGUCCAGCGCACGGGGACCGCACAGCGCGCGUGAGGCUGAGAGUGUGUGUUCACUGAGAUGAAGCGGUGAGGAUCGUGUUUCCACGUGGAGGAGAUUUCAGGAGCUCGAGGACCCCCGGCGGGCGAGCGUGUGUGUCUGCGUGUGUGUGAGGAUGCAGGUGUCGGUGCUGCUGUGUGUGAGUGUGUGUGUGGUGUGUGUGUGUGCGGAGGGGAAGUGGAGGAGCUGUAUGGAGGUGAGGGAGGCGUACGGCGCACUGGGCUUCAGCCUGAACACCGCUCCACAGCAGGAGAUCGCAGGUGAUCACCUGCGCGUCUGCGCUCAGGGCCAAACCUGCUGCAGCGCGGAGAUGGAGGAUAAGCUGGGGCAGCGCAGUAAAGUGGAGUUGGAGGGAAUGGUGGAGGAAACCAGCAGCACUCUGAGAUCCACCUUCGUCUCCAGACACAAGAAGUUCGACGAGUUCUUCCUGGAGCUGCUGGACAACUCGGAGAAGUCUCUGAACGACAUGUUCGUGCGGACCUACGGGAAGCUGUACACGCACAACUCUGAGAUCUUCGAGGACCUGUUCUCGGAGCUGAAGCGCUACUACACGGGCGGGAACGUUAACCUGGAGGAGAUGCUGAACGAUUUCUGGUCCCGCCUGCUGGAGAGGAUGUUCCAGCUGCUGAACUCUCAGUACACCUUCACCGACGACUACCUGGAGUGCAUCAGCAAGUACACAGACCAGCUGAAGCCGUUCGGGGACGUCCCGCGAAAGCUGAAGGCUCAGGUGACCCGCGCCUUCAUCGCCGCCAGGACCUUCGUCCAGGGCCUGAUGGUGGGACGGGAGGUGGCCAACAGGGUGGCGAAGGUUAACGUUUCUCCAGGCUGCAGCAAAGCUCUGACGAAGAUGCUGUACUGCCCGUACUGCGGCGGACUCCUGGGACUGCGGCCUUGUGGGAAUUACUGCCAGAACGUAAUGAAGGGCUGCCUCGCCAACCAGGCCGACCUGGACCCGGAGUGGAACCUCUUCAUCGACGCGAUGCUGCUGGUUGCCGAGCGACUGGAAGGCCCCUUUAACAUUGAGGCCGUUAUGGAACCCAUCGAUGUUAAGAUCUCUGAGGCCAUCAUGACGAUGCAGGACAACAGCAUGCAGGUUUCAGCUAAGGUGUUCCAGGGCUGCGGUCACCCCAAACCGGCCGGAAUAAGCCGCAGUGCCCGUGGGAUUUCAGACGUUUUCAACGCUCGCUUCAGGCCCUACAGCCCCGAGGAGAGGCCGACCACAGCGGCCGGAACCAGCCUGGACAGAUUGGUUAUUGAUAUCAAGGAAAAGCUGAAGAAGUCGAAGAAGUUUUGGUCGACUCUGCCGGACGCCAUCUGCACUAAAGAGAGAGCGAGCGAGGACGAGGAACAGUGCUGGAACAGUCACACUAAAGGAAGAUACUUCCCGGAGGUGGUGAAAGAUGGUUUGACCAACCAGCUGAACAACCCUGAAGUUGAAGUGGAUAUUACGAGGCCGGACACUUUCAUCAGGCAGCAGAUCAUGGCCCUGAGGGUGAUGACCAACAAGCUGCGCAAUGCCUACAAUGGAAACGACAUCUACUUCCAGGACUCCAGUGAUGAAGGCAGCGGGUCCGGCAGCGGCAGCGGCUGCACCGAAGGCUGCACCACCGAGUUCGACUUCGUCCCCACGGAGGCGCCGGUGGUGGAGGCGGACCGGAGCGACCCCCAGCCGGCCGCGGACACGGCCGGUCACCACGGCAACGCCCCGCCUCCGCCCUGGCUGGUGGCGGCGAUAGCGGGGGCGGGCCUGCUGGUGCUGAUGCAGUGGAGAUAAUGGGGCGCAUGGAGGGGCGUGGCCAAAAAACACAGCAGACUUUAUUAGGACACAGCGCAGCUCCUCCCACGCUGAUUAGCCCCGCCCGCCCUGGGGCAAAGGGGCGAGGCUUUCUACGGAUAAAACCCUGGGGAUUAAAACCUGAAGGAGAGAGAGAGAGAGAGAGAGAGAGAGAGCAUCCAAACCUCUGCAUCCCGCUUGUUCCAAAGAUGCAGCUUCAUCCUCCAAAAAACGACGGCUUUUCUCUCGUUAGCUGACGAAAAAACGAGGAAAAAACGUCCCUCUGCGGAGUCGGAGGGGUGGAGAAUGUCAGCAGCACGUUCCUCGAAAAAGCCCUUUCAACAAAAUACCUGAAAACAACAACAACAACGACAAAAGAGAUGAAGAAGAAUCUAUUUUUGUUUUUUAUACCGCGUGAGAUGAGAACCUUAACGAAAAAAUAAAAACAGUCUGAUGUUUCCUGUGUUUUCCGCCUCUUCCAGACCCGACGCCGGAGAUGAAAACCCACAGACGUGGAAGGGAAAGGCAAAAAAAGAUUAAAAAAGAGAGAAAAGUACAAAUCAAAUUCGCUUCUGUGCCACUGUGAAUGCAUGAAGUCAUACGGUUUGUGUAAAACUCACUGGAGCUUUUCUGUUCUUCUCCUUUUCUUUCCUUUAUUAUUGUUAUUAUUAUUUUUUAAUAUAACUGACAUUUUUGCGGGUUUCCUUUCCCACUAAUAUCCACAUCCACAGUCUAAAGGCAGAGAUUUUACCUAUCAGAUGUUCUGUUUUCUUAUAAAGGCAGAGGAUUUAUUUAUAUUUCUAAUAUAAUUCUAUAUUUUGGCUUUAGCGGAUUUUACCUGAGACAGAAGUCGAGCUCAAAUAUAAAGAGAUAAAAAGAGAAGAGUGGCGUUUUACUGCUCUCGUCAGAGCAGACGCUAAUUUAUUUCCUGCUCGUGCGUUUUAUUUCCUGUUUCUGAGACUGAAUUAAAUGUCAGUAUGAGAGAGUCACGGUCAGCUGAAGUGUGGACGGCCGAAGGAGAGAGCCAAUCACGCGAGAGGGUCACGCCAGGCCUUCUGGAACGUUCAGCACUUUUCCCCCGAGCUGCUCGAGUCUGCAGAAGUUUGUGCUUGCGCAUGUGGACGAAGUCACAGUGCAGCAAAAAGCAGAACAGCCCGCGACCUCGUCCGUAUCAGCAGCUUAAUCAGCCACGCGGGUCAAAGGUCGCGGCCGCGUCCACUCUCAGCAGGAAUGAACAGAAUAAUAUAUCACAAAAAAAUCACAUUCACAGUUUCUCCUCCCCCCACGGAGCUGAGCUGCUCCUGGGGUUCUGCUCUGGACGCUAAUGUCCCUAACAAGUGGAACAAAUGCUAGCAGGAGUGCGUUAGCAUAGCUAACAGCUUCUCAGACCGUGAGUUUAGUCCAUGUUUACGAACGGACAGACAGACGGACGGACAGACGGCCCUGAAGUCACACAUUCAUUAAACAUUCAUUAAACGCUAAAAAAAAAAAAACUAUGUUGAACAAUAAUAUAUAAAAUAAAAUAAUAAAUAGAGCAAAAUGCAAGAGCGACUCUAAACCCCAACACUCAUUAACUAUGCAAAUAACUAUGAAUAUGCAUGAUUAUGUAAAUUGUAGACACUCCACUGCUGCCCCGUUUCUAAACCCCACCCCUUUCCUCCCCUCUACCCAGAGUAGUAACAAAAAUAAGCUCGCGAUGUUAACCUUAAUAAUAAUAAUAAUAAUAAUAAUAAUAAUUAAGAUUUGACUUAAAAAGAUCCAGAAUUUCUUAAAACAAAAUCCAUAAAUCACAUUUAAAAGGAAAAUUCUUAAGAUUUUUCUUAAAACUACAUUAAUUCUUGAAAACACGUCUAAACUGAAAGUCUUAAGAUUCUCUUUAAUAAGAGGUUCCUGAGAGACGUGGGCGGCUCGUUCCACAAUCGUGGACACUAAAGAGUUAGAGAGCCUUCCUGCUAAGCUAACAUCGCCUCUACAGAGGCGCUAAAGAGGAUGUGAGUUCAAAAUAGCCAAAGCUAACAAACACAAACAGGUUCACUCGCUCAGCAACCAUGGAGCAGCUUAAGCUAACAGCUACACACAGACAGGUUCACUCGCUCAGAUACAGUCUGUGUUCUCUAAACGCGUGUCGGUGAAGUUGUGUGAGCUGAAUGAAUGAACCUGUGUGGAAGUGCGUAGCUAUAGAUCUUCUCGCUAAGCUAACACAAGUGGGGCAAGAGUAGCUUAAGCUAGCAGCUCCACACACGGAUUUGAGGCUUUAUUAGCUAAACCUGUGACAGUGAGCUGGACUGAACCGUCUGUGGUGAAACUGCAGCGUAGAGUUUUAAUUUUGGCCACUCUUUAACAAAAACAGCUACGUGCUAACACAGCUAACAACAAAUGGAAUCCACUAGCUGCCAAUUAGCAUGACACUUUUUUGCUCAAUGCUAAUUUGCAGCUGUUUAUUUCAUUGUGACAUUAGCGACAUUAGCGCUAACAGCUCGGCACUGUUGAUAAUUUGAUUGUGCCGUUCGCUCCAUGCUAACUGCUGAUGCUAACUUGCUCCAGGCUAACAUGUCCAGGCUGAUCGGCUGCGUUUGGUGAGAGGAAGACUGAAAAUGUGAUUUUAUCACUGAAUUAUCACUUUAAGAAGCUUCAGCUCAGCUUUUAAGGUGCUUCUGUCUUCAAGGCAGAUUUUUUUUGUAUGCAUCGCCUGAAUCUGACCGCGAUCAACUACACGAGCACAGUAUUUAACCCUCACUGCACGACUUUAGCCAGGUUUCAGCACCAGUUUCUGCUGAUUUGUUUUGUAGUCGUUCACAGCCUGAUUGCCAUCGUCGCUCUGUGUGAGUUAUUGAAUGUUUAAGCACUUUUAAAUGAUGCUGAAUGAAUCUGAGAAGGUCUGUUUUUAUCUGUAGUUAUGAAGUGGGAUGUUUUUCUGCUCAGUAUAUUCUGUACAACAUGAUUUUAGCCCAGAUUCACCACCUAGAAGAGUAAGAACCAGGAAGAAGCGCUAAAAGCUAAAUGCUAGCUUUGAUUUCCACCUUGAAAGAGCUCCCGUUUACCCCAUUUCCCAUUUCACACUGAGUUUAACUUUGCAUCCAAACUGUUUUCUCCUCCACUGAAAGAAAUAAUUCUCUAAAGUUUUAUUUAGUUUGUAAAGGUUAGUUUCAGAAAGUACAGAAAGUACCUGCUAACACACAACAGGAAACAGUUUAAGAGGGAAAUGUCAAUAUCAGAGCUAAUUAGCACAUCAGGCUGCGAUUUUUGGUCAUGGCAAUCAAGCUAACAUUAGCGUGGUGGCUAGUGUCAUCAAAAAGAUGAAUAUAUCGAUACAUAACGGUUGUGAAAAUUUGAAAUGAUUCCAAUACUGAUUUGCCACUGUAUCAAUACUCUCCAAAUCAUAUCACGAAUCAGAUAGAAUUAAAAGGUCAUGACUGAAUUUGGAACCCAAACCAGACCUGAUCCAGUUACUCUACUGAGACCCGACCUGACCAGCCCGACUGGUACUGAUAAAUCUAAAAACCUGAAGCUAACUCAUACCUGUAUCACUGAGGCCCAACCAGAUCCAACUGGUGCAGCUAAAUUUGAGACCCAACCUGGGCCCGACCCAUACCUGCGACUCUGAGACUUGUCCUUACAAGGCCUGACCGGUACUGCUAGACUUGAAACCCAAUCCUGACCCGUUCCUGCAACUUUGGGACGCAACAUGACCAGGCCCGAUUGGUACUGAUAAAUCUGAAACCUGAACCCGACCUAAAACCAACCCAUACCCAUGGGAUUUUGGGAUUGGUCUGAUUGGUACUGCUAAAUUUAAGACCCAAGCUGGACCCAACCCAAAGCCACGACUUUGAGACUGGAGCUUGACUGGUAGCGAUAAAUAUGGAGCCCAAAGCCAGCACGGUACUUUGAGACCUGACCUAUGUGGUAAUGCUAAACUUUAAACCCAAAAUUGACCUGAACCCGGCUGGUACACACGACUUGACAAGACCUGACCUGAACCGACCUGAAUCGACCAGGCCCAACUAGUACUGCUAAUUUUCAAACCUGAGCCCAACCUGUAUCACUCCUCGCCUAGUUUGAUGUUGUAUGUGAAAAGUUGGCCUGAACCUGGCCCAAAACCCGAUAGUUCCUCAGGCCCCUUUGGGCUCAGAUCAGGGAGCAGAACUCUGGGUCGGCUGUUGUUUCAGGUAACAGUAUAAGGCUGGCAGUUACUGGACGUCCCUUCUUUCCACAAUAUCAAAAAUAAAUACUUUUCAAUGUAUCGUAUCAAAGCUGGAGAGUAUCGAUACAGCACUAAUGUUGGCUAAGUAGUUGUUGUUUCCAGGCUAGUUUGAUUAGCUUUAACAACACAGUCCAGCUCAGCAGUGCAUUAUUUUCAAUGGAAACUCAACGCUAUGUCAACAAAUCUCUACUGUUCGUCAUUAGAAUUGAAUUUUACAGUAUAAAAGAAUUCAGAUUUGGCGUAAAAGUGCUGUAUCAGGAUCCCCAGUGUGUUAGGAUGGACUAGCUGGAAUACAGUGCGGAAUCUGGGAAAUCCCCCUUAUCUCAACCCCCACCAAUUCUCCCACCGAGAGUUAAAGACAGAUAAGAAUCUGGAAAGGAGAAAAUCAGGGCGGGCGAGAGAGUAUCAGAGACACAGAGAAAGAGAGAGAGGGAGUGAAAUAGUAAAGGCUCUUCAGAUGGAGAGCCAGGAGUAUUUUCAGUGGAGAGAAACAGACGCAGAUAAGACGAAGGAGAGAUAAAGAAGUCUGUUAAAAAUGUUGGAUAGCUGGAGCCACGUGGCUCUAAAAGGGCUCUUCACUGUUCUGAUCAUCUUCAAAACAGAGACGUCGCCACGCUCGUUCUGGCGUGAGAGGAUCGUCUGGUUAAAGAAAUCAAAUCUACAUCAUUUUCACACCCUUGAUUGAGCCGAGACGUUUCAUGUGAAGUUUGCUUCUUUAUUUUCAGCGCUGGAGCUACGAGGCUAGAUUUAGCAUUAGCAUUAGCCUAAAACUCCCUUCUUUUUAGUUUCGCACUGCUACAAAGCUACUGAAGCUAACAAGUAAUGGAAGCUAACAGUCAAUCAGCUAGCAUCAAACAAACUAAUUAGCUUUGCACAAAAUGGACAAACACACAAAACUCAGUGUUCCAGGUGGCUGCUACUGUGAUUAGCUAUGCUAAUGUCCAUGUUUAUAGGUACAGUGAAUCAUACAGUGUCAGAAACCACAUCAUCAAGACUAUUAGAGAUACUGAACAAACAAACCUCUUUAGUUUAGCACUACUAUGAGUAGCAGACAUAAUGGAAGCCAAAGGCCAUCCAGUUAGUUAGCCUUGUAAAAACUGGACAAAUGCUAAUGCACUUUGGUCCAUAGGUGUCACUACAUAUGCAAAUCUUUUUGAGAUUAUUUCACAUAAUUACUUCUUUAGUUGUGCCUAUAAAGCUAAUGUAGCUAAAAAGCAGUGGAAGCUAACAUUCAGACAAACUAAUUAGCAUUGCGUGAAAUGAACACAGUACGGCCUGAAAGAAGCUGUGUUUAGCUAUGCUAAUGUACUUUAGCCCAUGUUUAUGGAUAACAGUGCAUCAUACAGUGAAAAACACCACACAAUCAAGUCUAUAGACGAACAGCUAAUCGAUUAACAGCUAAUCGCUAAUUGCUAAGGUACUGGCUGAUUACUUGUUAGCUACAUUAGCCUCGUAGCUGCAGUGCUAUGACUGAAGAAGCAAGCUUGUCUCAGCUCAACUAGAUUUUUUUGUCAAGCUAUCGUUUUAAAUCUCGCCUCUGCUUUAUUCUCAUGUGUUUUCGACCGCUAGCUGACCGCGGUCACUCUGUCUGAAUGUAAUCACAUUUCAUUUUGAUUUAAGGCGCUCAUGGGUUACUGAAAUCAACAUAAACAGAGAUGAGAUUAUACAGAAAAUAAUUAUUGCUCUUGUAUGAAAAUCCUGCUUCUUUGUUUCUUUUUCUUGCGAUGAUUUUAUUUUUCACGUUGCACUUUGAACAUGAUUUCCAUUCAGAUUCUUUACGGCUGUUCGUGAAUCUAUCAGCGUUUACGUUUGAACACCAGUAGAAGCCAUGAGGGGAGUACGGCGGUGGACGGUUUGUGGCGGACGCUGCUUUCAGCUUGUAGGGGGCGCUAGCAGACAUGCCUUACGACGUUUCUUUAAGAAAAACAAACAAACGAACAAAAAAAUCUCAAUGGAUUGCAUAUCUGGAUUUUGUUACUCUCUCUUAUAUACAGACAGUAAUGAAAGAGUGAAAAUAAACAUUUUAUAUUAA